UCCUGACGUUCCAUGUGUUAUACUCGAUACGACCUGCUGGUGGUGCGUGUGCGUAAUAGGAGUCUCCUAGCUGUCGAAAAUACAAUUUGUACCAUGCCAGCACAAGGGGAGAAAGUAGUCCGAUAAUUUAUCUAGCGCUACUUUCCCGAAUGUAUCUCGCACGUGCGCGUGACAAUCAAUGCCUCCGAUUCAGAAUUCCAGUAUUCAGUGGAUAAGUGUCAUUUCUGGAUUAUUUUUGAUUGAUUGGUGUAGCUAACGCUGUUUGAUUGUAACGAGAGGUGCGGGUGGAAGAGAGAGCAUCUUCAAGAACUAGACUGGGUCACAGAAAAUGGUAAAGAAAUGAUAGAGGCACAGGAGCUCCACUCAGACUUUCACUUUCCUCAGGAGGCCGACACUCCGCUUUCCUCCGAUACUGACCUAGAGGAUCCGGAGGGCCGCAAUGCAAAGCUUGGGAAGCCCAAGGCUCCAAAGCAGGGGAAGAAGGCGGCAGGCGAGAAGGGCAAGGGCCUGGGAGGCAAAGGCACCGGGCCGAACCGCGUGAAUGGCCACCACCAGGAGAACGGCAUGGAGAACCUCAGCCUCUUCGAGGUGGUCAAGCUGGGCAAGAGUGCCAUGCAGUCUGUAGUGGAUGACUGGAUCGAGGCGUACAAAAAUGAAAGAGACACAGCAUUGCUGGAGCUCAUCAACUUCUUCAUCCAGUGCUCCGGCUGCAAAGGGGCGGUCAGCUCGGAAAUGUUCCGACACAUGCAGAACUCUGAGAUCAUCCGGAAGAUGACGGAGGAGUUUGAUGAGGAUAGCGGAGAUUAUCCGUUGACCAUGGCGGGGCCACAGUGGAAGAAGUUCAAGUCCAACUUCUGCGAGUUCAUCGGCGUGCUGGUGCGGCAGUGCCAGUACAGCACCAUAUACGACGAGUACAUGAUGGACACCAUCAUCUCGCUUCUCACCGGCCUCUCCGACUCCCAGGUCCGAGCCUUCAGGCACACCAGCACGCUAGCAGCAAUGAAGCUGAUGACUGCCCUGGUGAAUGUAGCGCUAAACCUCAGCAUCAACAUGGACAACACUCAGAGACAGUACGAGGCCGAGCGAAACAAAACCAUCGGCAAGCGGUCAGUGGAGCGCGUGGAGCUGCUCUUCCAGAAGCGCAAGGAGCUCCACGAAAAUCAGGAUGAAAUUGAAAAUAUGAUGAAUGCAAUCUUCAAAGGUGUCUUCAUACACCGAUAUCGCGAUGCAAUAGCGGAGAUCAGAGCCAUUUGUAUUGAGGAGAUUGGCGUUUGGAUGAAGAUGUACAGCGACGCCUUUCUCAACGACAGCUACCUUAAAUACGUGGGGUGGACCAUGCAUGAUAAGCAAGGCGAGGUGCGUCUGAAGUGUCUGACCGCCCUGCAGGGUUUGUAUUAUAACCGGGAACUCAACAGCCGCUUGGAGCUCUUCACCAGUCGUUUCAAGGAUCGCAUCGUGUCCAUGACGUUGGAUAAGGAGUAUGACGUAGCUGUUCAGGCUGUCAAACUCUUGACCCUGGUCUUGCAGAGUGGUGAUGAAUGCCUGACGUCAGAGGACUGUGAGAGUGUGUAUCACCUGGUGUACUCGGCCCAUCGACCACUCGCUGUGGCAGCGGGAGACUUCCUCUACAAGAAGUUGUUUAGCCAACGCAGUGCUGAUGAAGAUGCCAUGCCCAGGAGGGGAAGACAGUGUCGAAACGCCAAUCUCAUCAAGACAACCGUCUUCUUCUUCCUGGAGAGUGAGCUCCAUGAGCAUGGUGCGUACCUAGUGGACAGCCUGUGGGACUGCGCCUCUGAGCUGCUGAAGGACUGGGAGAGCUUUAUCAGCCUGCUACUGGACGAGCCCUUCCCAGGAGAAGAAGAGUUGACAGAUCGUCAGGAGACAGCUCUUAUUGAGAUCAUGCUGUGCGCUGUUCGCCAGUCCUGUGAAUGCCACCCGCCCGUGGGCAGAGGAUCGGGCAAGAGGGUUCUCACAGCCAAAGAAAAAAAAACUCAGCUCGAUGAUCGGACCAGAAUCACAGAGAUGUUUGCCGUCGCUCUUCCAUUGUUACUGGCAAAGUACUCGGUGGAUGCAACCAAGCUCACCAACCUGCUGCAGCUGCCCCAGUACUUUGACCUGGAGAUCUUCACCACUGGACGACUCGAGAAGCACCUGGAGGCCCUGCUGCGUCAGGUGCGCGAGGUGGUGGAGAAGCACACGGAGACGGACGUGCUGGAGGCGUGCUCAAAGACCUAUUACGCCCUCUCCAACGAGGAUUACACCAUCUUCAACCGCGUGGACAUCGCACGCAGCCAGCUCCUCGACGAGCAGAUCGACAAGUUCAACCGCCUGCUGGAGGAGUUCCUGCAGGAGGGAGAGGAGACUGACGAGGACGAUGCAUAUCAGGUCUUGUCUACACUGAAAAGAAUCACAGCCUUCCACAAUGCUCAUGACCUCUCCAGGUGGGAUCUCUUCACCAACCUCUACAGACUCCUCAACACUGGCCUCCAAAACGGGGACAUGCCACAACAGAUUGUGAUCCAUGCCUUGCAGUGCACACAUUUCUCCAUUCUGUGGCAACUCGCCAAGGUAUCUAAAGGCACUGCAAAACAGGGUGACAUGGUGAAUCUAAGGAAGCAGAUGAGGGCAUUCUGCCUGAUGUGCCAGAGGUAUCUGGCCACCGUCAACACUGCUGUCAAGGAGCAGGCGUUCACCCUGCUGUGCGACGUGCUGCUGGUGUUCAGCCACCAGAUCGUGUCGUCGGGCCGCGAGGCGCUGGAGCCGCUGGUCUUCAGCCCCGACUCCUCCCUGCAGGCAGAGCUGCUCAGCUUCGUCCAGGACCACGUCUUCGUCUACCAGGACGAGGAGAACAACACUGAUGAUCAGCGGUAUGACGAAGUGUGGAAGAUCGAAGCUCUCCACAAGAGGAGGAACCUGCUGGCCGGCUACUGCAAGCUCAUCAUCUACAACGUGGUGGAGAUGAGCACUGGAGCGGACAUCUUCAAGCAGUACAUGAGGUACUACAAUGACUAUGGUGACAUCAUUAAAGAGACCAUGAGCAGAACCAGGCAGAUCGAUAAGAUCCAGUGUGCCAAAACACUCAUCCUCAGCUUGCAGCAGGUAAAUGACUAA